AGAGUGCAGAGGACCUGAGCGAAGCCUUUAUGUCUUGGAGCAUAAACGCCACACACAGCUGUGAGCCCUGGGCAGGAAGGACACCGAAUUUCCACCCACCGGCCUUCCUGUCUUAUUCACAGUCUUUCCUGAACCCAGAUGCCACACCAUCAGACGAUGCGAAGGUGAAACCUGUGACCCCCCAUGGGCCCAGAGAGCGCAAGGCGAGCCACUAUAAUAAGACACCUGUCCCGGUGCUGCAGCAGUCACCUAAGCGCGUGGUGUCCUGCAGUUUUUGCAAGCACAACGGGGAGUCUGAGCAGGUGUACGGCUCACACUGGCUAAAGAACAAGGCCGGGGAGGUUGUAUGUCCCUAUCUGUGGCAGUAUGUGUGUCCUCUGUGCGGUGCCACAGGACCCAAAGCGCACACCAAGCGCUUCUGUCCAAACGUGGGCAGUACCUACUGCUCUGUGUACGCCAAGUCCAGACGCUGAGGGGACAUAGACCCUGCAAAGAAGACAGCACCAGCUAAUGUGUGGUUUUAAUUAUUAUUAGUAGUAUUAGUCAGCACGUGUGUUUUGGUUUUUUUGAGUGAUUCUUGUUUUGCUUUUU